CCCAUUGAGGUAAACCGAUCGCGCUCUCGGAGACCUCCGCCCUUCCGCCAACAAUUCGUAGCCGAGCCCUCCCUCUUCCCGCAGCCAAUCCUUGAGCACGAGUCGUCGGCAGAUUCCUCUCGUCCUAUUGGUCCGUUUGAACAGAGCCACCGAGAAGGCAGCAGAUCCUCUGUUCUGCCCCCGAACUUGCCGUUGCGAUGAAGCCGCUUUUGCCUAAAGGGGCUGUGGCCGCCGCUCAAGAGGAGCGAUGGAAGAAACUACAAGAAUAUUUAGCAGCCAGAGGAAAGCUAAAGCAACCCAGUGCCAAGCCAUACUUAAAGGACAAGACUAAUCAGCAGAAUCUGAUUCCCUCCACAUCAGACCCUACUGCCAGAUGUAAAAAAGGCAUUACCCUGAACAAGACGACAGGUAAGCAGAAGAGGGAGACAAAAUAUUCAGCCCCUGCUAGCCGGGUUCCGCAGAGCAGAUUGUCUGGUGCUCUUGUCUCUCAGAAGCCCCAGGAUGCACCUUCAGAGCUGCUAAGAAAGAGACCUCUGCAUGUUCUUCCUUCAAAGGCAAUUGCUGAAAACCUUGCUGGGAAACAGAGCAUUACAAUAUCUUCCUCCAAUCGUGGUUUAUGCCAAGUGAGAAAGACUAAAAAGUUGGAGCCAGUCACCAAACCAAAGACUCAAGCACUCCAGCAGACAGCAAAAAGUUUCACGCUACCCACUCAUUCUGUGGAAAGCUUGCAAGAAAAGGCUGACAAGGAGAACUUGGGGAGUAAGUUCAACCCAAGUCUUAAGAAGAAGGUAGCUGUUAGGUCUGACCUCCCAUCCGAGUCCCAAACAUGGAACAGCAGGCCAAUUGCUUCACAAGGCAGUAUGGCUGUGAAAAGGCAAGUGCAAACUUAUCAGGCUACUAAGUCACAAGUCCAGUAUGACCUCAGAGGGCCUUCAGCUAAUCUCAAAGGGGCUGAUCUUCAGAAGCAAGUCCCUGGGGAGUCAGGGGCACAGAUUGCAUUAAAGGUUGGCCAGUCAUAUGCUUGUUCAAGGCCAGAAAUUAAAAGCCAGGGUCUAAAUCCCAGAGCAUCAAAGCAAUGUACCAGUGUGCUCAGGCGACUAAAGGAGAAUGCAAUACAGUCAAGGACAUGCAAAGCUCCAGAUGCUCUUCAGAGGGGACAAUUGAAGCAACAGCAGAAGAUUCCUUGCAAAGCUCAGCAAGUGAGAAGGCAUCUGAGCAAUUCUCGUGCCUCGACAAACCCCUCAGUAACACAAUUAAGAGGAAAACAAACUCUCCCUUUGGCAGCACAUGAUGGCAUCAACAAAUGUAGGAGAAGCCAGAGCAGUAAGAAACUCCAGCGAGUGCCCAGAACUUCCAGCUUGAAAUCCAGGCCUGUUGUCUCUCCAGAUUGCACAGCAAAUAGAGUCAUUGACACUCGGAGAUGUGAAAGAAGCAAGUCAAGGCAGCUGGGGAUGGGUCAAGAGCCCAAAACCCCACAUACCCAGGAUCGCAGGAAGCAGCUGGAACAGUGGCUGAAGUCCAAAGGAAAAUCCUACAAGCGGCCACCAAUGACCCUGCCUGCUGCAAAGCCACGGAAGAAAAGGCAGAGUCUGAACCAGUCCUUCUGGAACAGCCUGGGGGAAGAGGAGGAAAGAAUGGAUCACAGCUUGGUGGAAAAGAUUUCAAGUACAUUGAUGGAGUGCCUGAAGCUUGCUGAGGAGGGAUUUCCUUCAGAAGAGAUCCUGGCCAUGCUUUCCCAGAUCCCAGAGGCAGAGAAGUUUGCCCAGUUCUGGAUCUGCAAAGCAAAACUGCAGGCACGACGUGGCACAUUCGAUGUAGCUGGGCUGUACGAAGCGGCUGUUCGUGCUGGGGCUGCACCACUACAGAAACUGAAGGAGGUUGUUGCUGAUCUUCUGAAGAAUCCAGACAGUCCAGUCCAGGUGAGUCCCACUCUAGUUAGUCCUCUCCUGGCCAGGGACCAGGUUGCGAUUACUCCCCAGAGCACUUUGCAACGCCAGACUUGCAAGCCGGUCUCAGGUAUCAAGCUACAAAUUAUUCCACUGUUCAGAGCAAAAGAGCACCAUACAGGGCCAGACACAAAGCUCUUGACUCCAGUGCGGCGUUCCCUGCGCAUAGAAGGUGCCGGGGCUUGCUACCCAGAGAUGUUGAAGGACCACAACAAGGUAGUGGCUUCCCUUGAUGAACUUAUGGCCACAGAUCAUGGAAGCCUCUUUGUGUUCCGUAAAAAUGAAGCUUUACCAGAGGAUGUAGAAGUGGAGCUCUUGAGGUUGUGACCAUACCCCCAGCCCUGAACACUCCUCCAUUCUCAAGUGACAGUACAAGGAAAUCAAAUGAUCCCCCUUCCCCAGAUGUCCCCUCUGUGUUUCUACAGGCCUGGCACACGGAGCUCACCGUCUCUUUCCUGUUACAGCUGUGCAAAUAGACUGAAAACAUUAAAAAGCACCCUCACAAAA